GGAGACGAGAGGUGGGUGCUUUCCGCCGCCAUACUGCAGAUUCUGUUCCGACUCUUCAUCGCGUGAUCCCGUGAGCUGCGGUGUGAUCGCCGCUGCCGGGAGUUGUAGGGGUGGCGCAGACGACUCGGCAACCGCGCCAUGGUGUGCAGGACAUUUCAGGGAGGAUUAACUGAGGUGAGAUGAAGAUGUCGUCGUUGUCCUUGGAGAAGCCCAAAGAAGGAGCAGUGUUUUCCCUGCUUGCCUUCUCUUGCUGGUGAGUGCAUCUGUCUCAUUGCCGCUGCUGCCGCCAUCCUUCCUGACAUUGGAGUCAGCUUCUUGGGCCUUCCAGUGUGGACUGAAGACCACUGAAGAAGCUGUCCCGGUGUCUUCCCAGCCCUUAGUGCCAGAUUGAAGCUCCGAGGCUUCCAGUCUUCGUGGACGGAGCCUCUCCAUCAUGGAGAAGGCCAUUGUUGGACUAUCCAGGCCUGAUGAGGAUUUGGUGAACUUUGAGGAUCUGGUGGUGCAUUUCACUCAGGAUGAGUGGGAUUUGCUGGAUACUUCUCAGAAGACUCUCUAUGGAGCCGUGAUGCUGGAGACCUUCAGGAACUUAACUGCCAUAGGAUAUGAAUGGGAAGAUGAGACACUUGAAGACCAUUAUGAAGAGCCUGAAGUAAAUAUAAGGAACAUCGUCUCUCACUCUGAAUACACACAGCAUGAACAUGAGGAAUAUGAAGAGAAGCCACCUGAUUCUAAUUUUCUCACAAGUAUUGAAGGAUACAUGGAAACUAAGACUUCGAGUGGCCCCUCUGUGUGUGAGGUGUGUUUAAAGACCUUUGGACUGUACCACCUAACUUACAAUGGACAUCACAACUAUGACUACAAGGAGCUCAGAGGAAGCCAGACUGAGGAAAAUGAUUCUGAAGGUAAUCAGUGUGAGAAAACUUCUGGUUCCCUUCAAAAAGAAGAAAAAAUUCAUACUGGAAAAAAACUCUAUAUGUGUCAAGAGUGUGGUAAAGCCUUUAGGUAUCCCAGCGCCCUUCAGCUACAUGAAAGAAUUCAUACUGGUGAAAAACCCUAUGAGUGUAAAGACUGUGGGAAAGCCUUUAGAGGUCUUAGCGCCCUUCACUUACAUGAAAGAAUUCACACUGGAGAAAAGCCCUAUGAGUGUAAGCGGUGUGGGAGAGCCUUCACGUAUCUCAGUGCCCUUCAAUUGCAUGAAAGAAUUCAUACUGAGGAAAGACCCUGUGAGUGUAAACAGUGUGGGAAAACCUUUAGAUAUAGCAGGGCCCUCAAAUUACAUGAAAGGAUUCAUACUGGAGAAAAGCCCUAUGAAUGUAAACAAUGUGGGAAAUUUUUCAGAAGUCACAGGACCCUUAAAUUACAUAAAAGAAUUCAUACUGGAGAAAAACCCUAUGAGUGUAAAGAAUGUGGGAAAGCUUUUAGAUGGCUUACUUCUCUGAAGUUACAUGAAAAGAUUCAUACUGGAGAGAAACCCUAUGAAUGCCAAGAGUGUGGGAAAGCCUUCAGAUGUCAGGCUUCCUAUCACAGACAUAAAAUAACUCAUGGCGGAGAAACGUUGUAUGAGUGUAAGGAGUGUGGUAAGUCCUUCAUUUAUCCCUCCUUACUUCAAGUGCACGAAAGAACUCACACUGGAGAAAAACCCUUUGAGUGUAAGCUCUGUGGGAAAGCUUUUAGGUGUCAGUCCUCACUUCGAUUGCAUGAGAGAACACACACGGGAGAAAAACCCUAUGAGUGUAAGCACUGUGGCAAGGCCUUUUCAAGUUACAAUUACCUUCGAUUUCACGAAAGAAGCCACACUGGAGAGAAACCCUACGAAUGUAAGGAGUGUGGUAAAACCUUCACACAUCGCUCUUACCUUCGAUCACAUGAGAGAAGACAUACUGGGGAGAAGCCGUACCAGUGCGUUCAGUGUGGCAGAUCCUUCAGUCGUCAUAGUUCCUUUAAGAGACACCAGUCUGUUCAUGGAGAAAGCCCAUAUGAACAGUAUCUAAUUCCACUAUCCCCAUUUCCCUCAAAGGAAUGAAAUGACAGAUUGGCAACAACCCCUUUGAAUGUAAACAAUGUAGCAAAUAUUCCCAUCCACAUAAAACUCAUGCAAGAACUCAAGACAAGGAGAAAACUUAUAUAUGUAAAAUGUGUGGCAUAGCCUUCAGGGGUCACAGUGGCCUUCAAAGAAGGAAUUCUUGCUGGCCAAAGUUUCUUACCAAUGUGGUAAGUGUCUCUUGUCACGCUUCCUUUCAGUGUAGGAAGUUACUUCAUUGCUGGGCAAAGGCCCUAUGAAUGUACAAGAUAUGGUUAAUCUUCCAUUUAUAUCUGUUUGCCUUAAAAUCAUGAGAGAACUCAGAGGUGAAAAAGCCCCACAUGAAUAUAAACAAUGUGGAAAAGCAGCCUCAGGGGUCACAGGUCCUUUCACUAGCGUGGAUGCAAUGUCAUGUUGGAGAGAGUGUGAAUGUGAGGUGUGUGAAAGCCUUUAGAUAGCAUUGCUUCCUUAAAUGAAUGAAUGAAUUCCAACUGGGAAAGUUUCCAACUGGAAGCAGCUGUGAAGCCUUCAAGGUCACAGUUCUUUAAGAAGUUUAUAGUGAUGGAAGGUGGACAGUUCUGUAAGUGUAAGGAGGUGAGAACUUAAUGGCUGCUGGGAGAUGGACAUUUCCUUUGCGGUGGCUUCCCAUGACUUGCCUGUGCUCUUGUAAAUACCCCAAAUUAAACUCAAUGAUUCCUCAAGCCACACUUGGGUAGAAUCAUUUUUGGUCCCUGUCAUUGAUGCACAGUCUAGGAUGAACAGACCUUCAUAAAUGUCUUCAGGCUUUUAAAGUUGUGCUGUGUUUACAUCAGUGUGAAACACCGAGAAGGAGGGGGAAGCUGUGGCUUAAAGUGCUGUGCUUCUCUCUUGGGUGGUGCUUCAGUUGUUCAACUCGGUGCAAUCUGGUGUCACCUGGAAAGAGAGUCUCAGUACUCACUUGUCUGGGUUCGGUUUGCCUUGCACAGCUGUGAGGGGUUCUCUUACUAGGGUUAACUGAGGUAGGAAGACCCAUCCUGAAUGCUGUCUGCACUGUUUUAUGGGCAGAAGCAGCUAAGCGCAGAGAUUCCUUGCUCUCUGUCUUGGAACUGUGUCUACUGCCGUGUCACGCUCUAGCCAACAUGACUGGCCCACAGUAAUGGAUUGUAACCUGAAACUGUGAGCUGAAAUAAACCCUUUCUUCCCUAAAUUGCUUUGUCAGGGUAUUUUAUCACAGCCACAGGAGUGAAGCUAAGACUGCCUGGAUCUGCACACAGCAGAACCAAAAAUGAGCUGUUUAGUAGGAACACUUGCCUUGUCUCUGACGUGAGUGGUAACAAGUCACUGAACGGCUCUUUCUGAAGGUUUAGCAUCCAGGGCAGUAAGCCCAGUGUGGGUCUUUUCCAAAGUGCCAUGGACGGGCAUGCUUUCCUGCUGCUCUGCCAGCUUUAUCAUCCCUACCAAGCCACUCCUGUGUACUACAGCCAUCUCUGUGAAAGAUGAGGUAGGGUGUGGGUCCCUGUUCCGGAGGGCUUCCCACAAAGAUCUCUGGCCCGGCCUGGUGCAGAGGUCCAGGCCAAGGGGAUAGAGUGCAAGCAGAGAAGGGGAAUCACCUCCACUGCCUCUGCUGGCUGCUUCUGCCUAUGUCUCUGCUGUUGCAGCUCAGUUGCUCCCAGGUGCUGCACUCUCUCUGGGCUGGGCCGGUGAGAAGCUGGCUAGCUAGCAGGGAGGGGAGCGUCCUGAAGGCCCUUCAGGAGAGUAGAUCUCUUCCCAAGUGUUACAGCUCUUGUGACAGAAACUCUUGGACAACGGGAUGAUUCUUGCACACUUUUACUUCUCCCAAAUAGGGCUCUUACAGUUUUGGGGUGGGUCAAGGUCAGGCAGCAGAUGAUGCCUAUAGGCUUGGUCUAAGAGCUUGGAGAUACCUCAUCUACAUGUGGGAGAGCCUGAGGCACUGUUCUGGUGACUGAUGGCCGUAGACCUCUGUGGGAGGG